GUCCACGUGUCGACUGGUGACCCGGCCCGUGUAGUGCUCCUCACGAGAUUCUGGUCUACCCUCCCUGUUUUUAGUUAAGAAGCUAUUGCUCCAUCCCAUCUCUCGUAGUAGUCCGCCCCAACUUUGAUUGCACUUUUAACUGAUUUGAUUUGAUUGAAUCAUUCAUCAGAACCUCAAGAAACUCGAACCCUUUUGUGGUGUUCCCUGUUGCUUUGAUUCGAUGGGCUAGUACAAUCAUCAGCGUCUAAUAAUAUAAGUUGUCAUAUCAUCUUUGGCUGGAGCUGCUGCUGCUGCUGCUGCUUAUUCAUUCGUUCGUCCAAUCAAUCAAUCAAUCCAAUACAAUCCCACAUGCAAAUCUUCCACUCCCGAGUCCCAUCCAUUCAUCUGUGGAAUUCUCUUUUCCUGCUUCGCUUUUGACUUUCUAGUGAGUCACUAUAUAUCUUCCCGGACCAGUCGCCAGUCAGAGGCGAUGAUGGCAUCGAUACGAUGUCGUCGCUUGCCUGUCUUAUUAUUUUUGUCUUUUUCCUCCAUUCUUGGAGUUACCGACGCUAGCGCCGGGGAUGCUGAUCCGAUUUACGGAGCUUGUGUUGAACAAUGUGAGAAGACUGGAUGCGUGGGUGGAAAAUGCUUUCAGCACUGUAAUUUUUCCAAUGGUAACUCCAUUGAUGGUCCAUGGUAUCUCCAGGAGCCACUUUAUUUAAGGUGGAAAAGAUGGGACUGCCAAAGUGACUGCAGAUACCAAUGCAUGCUUGCCAGAGAAGAAGAAAGGAAAGAGCUUGGUUACAAGCCCGUGAAAUAUCAUGGGAAAUGGCCUUUCCGUCGUGUGUACGGAAUCCAGGAACCUGUUUCUGUGGCAUUAUCUGUCCUUAAUCUUGCAAUACAGUUCCAUGGCUGGGUUUCAUUUUUCAUCCUUGUAAAUUACAAGCUACCUUUUAGCCCAAGCAAAAAGACAUACUAUGAGUACACUGGCUUGUGGCAUAUCUACGCAAUGUUGGCAAUGAACUCCUGGUUCUGGAAUGCUGUUUUUCACAGUCGUGAUGUGGAGUUAACAGAGAAGCUGGACUACUCAUCUGCUGUGGCAUUACUUGGAUAUUCUCUUCUUUUGGCUAUAUUGCGAGUUUUCAAUAUCAGAGAUGAGGCUGCCAGGGUGAUGGUUGCUGCACCUGUUAUUGCUUUUCUGACAACCCAUAUCUUGUAUUUGAACAUUUAUCAGCUUGACUAUGGCUUGAACAUGAAAGUUUGUGUGGCCUUGGGAGUUACGCAGCUACUGUUGUGGGCUGUAUGGGCAAGUGUUAGUCAACAUCCUUCCCGCUGGAAGUUGUGGCUGGUGGUGGCUGGUGGAGCUAUUGGCAUGCUUUUGGAGAUAUUUGACUUCCCUCCUUACUGGGGAUUUGUUGAUGCCCAUGCUCUUUGGCAUGCCACCACCAUUCCGCUCACCUACCUUUGGUGGAGUUUUGCUAAAGAUGACAGCGAGUUCAGGACAUCGAUUCUCGUGAAGAAGAUAAAGUAGAGCAUUGGAAGGCAUAUCCUCAGUGGCUAAUAUAUUGUAUCGAUAUACGACCUGCUCAGUUUUUCUGUUUAAUCCUUCAAAGAUGUCUUCCUUUUUUGCUUGCAUUCUAGCAAUUCUCUGAAAUGCUUAUCGAUGCAAGUUUCUUUGCUUUGAAUUUCAGUAGAUUAAUGUAAAAGAUGCAUUGUUUUUUUCCACGUGGAUAUGUAAUGGGGUUGUAAUUGCUUUAUUUAAAAGUGCAGUUUUGUUAUGUUCCUCUUGUAACUGUUGCUGCCUCAGAGAAACCUUUAAUUUAGUCAUGCAUCACACUCGCUUUUAAAACCGAGUGCUGGCUAGUGAAUGCUGAAAAUCUUUUUGUC